UGGUCUAGGCAUGCAAGUGGCAGCAUGUGGGAGAAUGCGCUCCAGUGUGUAGAGUGAAACACUAUGCCAGAGAUGUCUCUCUGAUGCAGGGAUUUCCCUCUUUUCUCCUACUGGCUUUGCUUUGGUAACCACAGGGAAUUAAGUGGGACACUCGCAGGAAACACAGGAAGCUUAAGUGAAGGGCAAAGUGUUUCCAGCAUUUGAGCCUGUAUGCGUCAUAUUAUUGGUGGAAGAUCAAACCCCAGUAAAGAGGGCAAGAUGGUGAUCCUGCUCCUGUAACAUAGUUGAAUCAUGGGAAAUGUGGAGAGUCAGAACGGAGACAGUGGUGUGUAUCGCAAUGGAGAGGUACACCUUUCCCGCAAACACACAUCCCGCUCACUCCGCCUCACCAACAAGAAGCUGGUCACUCGCCGGCAGAGGCACUCUUCGACCGUAAAACAGGAGCACAGAAACUCUGAGACCUCCACUCGCUCCUCCAGCACACCAAGCAUCCCACAGUCCUUGGCAGAGAGUGGUCUAGAACUUUUCAGUGGUGCAGAUGAGCAGGGAGAAUUCGGCAUUAACCCUCACUGGAAACAACGCGUCUCUAUGACAAUGAGGCCUGAGUCCUAUCAGAAUGAGGACGAGUCCUUGGCCACACCGACUCCUGAGACCUCAGAGGCAGACACUAUUGCUCAGGAUGGAGAAGAGGAUUCGAUGGGAGAGGGAGAUGUCCCUGGGGAGGAAAGAUACCUCCAGAGAAUGACUGAAGGUCCCAGAGAUGGAGGGACCUUUAAAAAGAAGCGAUCAAAGUCAGCAGACAUGUGGAGAGAAGAUAGUCUGGAGUUCUCUAUGUCUGACUUGAGCCAGGAGAAUCUCACCAGCACUGAGGAUAUAAUCGACGGAGGAGAUGAAGAGGAGGAGGAGCAGUUCACACGUCUCAGAGGAAGUGCAGGCUCCACUGAAAGAGCUUCGUCCCUAGACCAUCUGUGCAGCCAGCAGAAUCCAGACCUCAGGGGUCAGAGGAAUCGCUACAUUAAAAACCACAGAGAAGCCAACUGCAAUGGAGACGCAGAAGGCGAGGAUGGAUUGUUGUCUCCAAAGGAAGAGGACAGUGGCGGCUAUGGAGCAUUCACCCUCCCAUGUCGACGAUCUCACUGUCUUUCUGAGGGGUUGUCCGGACUGGGGAUCCCUGCCACCCCAUGCCCUGCCUUCCAGGGACGGCGUGCACAUACUACUCAGGACAUCUCGGGUGUCUUGGGGGAAGGAAGCGAGUAUGGUGACAGCGGCAUUGAUGGCGUUGCCACAGAGAUGGAUGCAGAUGGCGACCUGAUCUCCCGGCGGUGUAAAGCUAUGUCAGCCUCGUUCUCACUCUACUCGGCCACAGAGAGCAGUGUCUUUAAUGGCAGCGACAGUGGGAGCAGCAGCGCAGGCGGAGGAGAAGGAAGAGCUGCUGAGGGAUGCAGAGGAGGAGUGUAUGAGAAUUUCCGGAGGGAGUUAGACAGUCAAGUCAGGACUAAUCAAGGCAGAGAUUGCACCGAGGAGGCCGGCUCUGCUGUAAGUGAUGAGCAGAGCAGUAGCACCCUCAGCAGCGCGUAUCCAUCUGACACUGUGAUUGGCUGUGUACAAGGCACAGUCAGGAAAGCUGGAGCUUUAGCUGUGAAGAACUUCCUGGUUCAUAAGAAAAAUAAGAAGGUGGAGCUUGCAACCAAGCGCAAGUGGAAACAGUACUGGGUGUCUCUAAAAGGCUGCACCCUCUUCCUGUAUGAAUCUGAUGGCCGCUCUGUAAUUGACCAUAACAGCGUUGCUAAACAUGCCUUGUGGGUGGAGAACAGCAUCGUGCAGGCCGUGCCUGAACACCCCAAGAAAGACUAUGUCUUCUGCCUCAGCAACUCAAUGGGAGAUGCAUUUCUAUUCCAGACAUCAGGCCAAACCGAACUGGAGAACUGGAUCACAGCAAUCCACUCUGCGUGCGCCACGGCUCUUGCCCGACAGCACCACAAGGAGGACACCGUUAGGCUGCUCCGAACCGAGAUCCGCAAACUGGAGCAGAAGAUUGACAUGGACGAGAAGAUGAAGAAGAUGGGAGAUAUGCAGCUUUCCACUGUUACUGAUGCGAAGAAGAGGAAGACCAUACUGGAGCAGAUUUUCUUGUGGGAGCAGAACUUGGAGCGGUUCCACAUAGAUCUCUUCCGCUGUCGCUGCUACCUGGCCAGUCUGCAAGGCGGUGAACCUCCAAAUCCCAAACGCCUCCUGGGCUUUGCUUCCCGUCCCACCAAAAUGGCCAUGGGUCGCCUUGGCAUCUUCUCUGUGUCUUCCUUCCAUGCAUUGGUGUCUGCCCGGACUGCAGCUAGCAUAAGCAAGCGAAACCAGCCCGUGCAGCGGACCUUCAGUAAACGGCGUAGCCGCUUCUCCUCCCUCUGGGGUCUAGACACCACCUCCAGAAGAAAGACCAAAGGAAAUCCUUCAGUUCAGCAGGUGUUUAAUAAUGGGACAGAGCCUGUAAGAAAACCGUUGGAGUGCAUGUUUGAAGACUCUGCCAGUGAGAUAUCUAAAAAAACAGAAGACUCCAUGAAAACUGUUCCUCAGCAAAGCGUAGACAGUGAUAUUUGGGUUCCAGAUUACCUGAAGCCCUCCUGGGUGAGUCUGCCAAACAAUCAGCCAGUCCUGGCCAUCGUGCAGCCCGGUGAGACAACAUUGGAUGUCCUGAACAGUGUCUGCAAGACCCAUCAGAUUGAGCCCUCGGUUCACUACUUACGUGUGAAGGUGUGGGUCAACAACCAGUUGCUUUACUAUGUUCCCAAAUCUGAAGAAGAGAUCUCUGAUUUGAUCUACAAAGAGAUUGAGAUUUGCCUCAGAGCUACCAAGGUGAUUUGCUUUGACAAAGCAGAAUCUAGCACCAUCGGAUACGGCUUCACUGUGGGAGCUACAGAUGAGGAUGCUGUACAACGACUUCAUAUUACCGAAGUUAAACCAGGAGGACUGGCUUUAGCUAAAGGUUUGAAAGAAGGAGAUGAGAUUCAAUUCCUCAAUGGCAAAUCUGCCUCUGCCCUUCAGCUGGAUGAUUUGAGGGCAGCGUUUAGAGACCACAUGCUUAGCCUGAGUGUCAGCACUGUACCCCAGCAGGACCCUAAGAUGCUGUGCUUCUGCCCACCUCAUCGCUUCGAUGGAGAACAAGACACAACCACAGACAUCUUUUCCCAGAGUCAAGAGAACAUCCUGGAUGAGGUGUCAGGUUUGACUGUAGAGAGCCUAGAUGAGAGUUUGGAAGAGGGAUCUCUGUUAACCCUGCAGAGCCCCGGAGAUCAUCGUGAAGAUAGAACAUUAAUGGCAGCUGGACAGAAGAGCACGGAGCAGGUCACUGCUUUCUGCCGCAGUCUCCAUGAUUUGAAUCCCCUGGAGUGCCCAAUGUCGUCCUCCUCCUCAUCUUCUUCGUCGUCCCUGUCACCGAGCCCAGUGUCAGCAUUGGCGCCUGCUGCGGGCACCGCCACCCAGAGACAGCUUUCCCACGCAGACAAGCUACGCAAGGUCAUCAGUGAAUUAGUGGAGACGGAGAAGACGUAUGUCAAGGACCUGCACUGUCUCAUAGAGUUCUACUUGAAACCUUUACAGAAAGAGAGUUUCCUAACACAGGAUGAGCUGGAUGUUUUAUUCGGCAAUCUUGAAGAGAUGGUGGAGUUCCAGUUGGAGUUCCUGCGAACACUUGAAGAUGGAAUCAAACUGGUGCCAGAUCUGGACAGACUGGAAAGGGUGGACCAGUUUAAGAAGGUGCUGUUCUCUUUGGGUGGGUCAUUCCUGUAUUAUGCUGAUCGGUUCAAGAUCUACAGUGCUUUUUGUGCGAGCCACACAAAGGUCCCAAAAGUCCUGGCUAAAGCCAAAACUGACCCAGAGUUCAAAGCUUUCCUGGCCGAGAGAAACCCCAGACAGCAACAUUCAUCCACCCUGGAGUCUUACCUAAUCAAACCCAUCCAGAGAGUGCUGAAAUACCCGCUCCUGCUCAGGGAGCUCUACUCUCUCACCGACCCAGACAGUGAGGAGCACUACCACCUGGAUGUUGCAAUGAAGGCCAUGAACAAAGUUGCGAGUCACAUCAAUGAGAUGCAAAAGCUUCAUGAGGAGUAUGGAGCUGUUUUUGAUCAGCUCAUCAAUGAGCAGACGGCAGAUAACAAAGAGGUGCUUGAUCUCUCGAUGGGGGAUCUUCUGCUGCAUUCAACAGUGGUGUGGAUGAAUGCUCCAGCCUCUUUUGGCAAGAGCAAAAAGGACCCAGAAUUAGCUGCUUUUGUGUUCAAAACUGCAGUUGUGUUUGUCUACAAGAACUGCUCCAAGCACAGGAAAAAAAUUGGGGGAUCUCAUCGUACAUCUGUGAGUGAGGACAGGGAUCAUUUUCGCUUCCGACACAUGAUUGCAACAGACUCCCUGCAAGUCCGGACUCCUGCAAGCUCUCAAGCCACUGCAGUGUGUGAACUUGUCCACACCAGGUCUGAAUCUGAAGGAAGACCAGAAAAAACCUUUCAACUGUGCUGCAGUUCUCCAGAGAGUAAAAAGGACUUCUUAAAAGCAGUCCAGUCUAUUCUUAGGGAGAAGCAACGGCGACUGCUUCUGAAGACAAAAUCUAUGUCUCCCAAUCAGAAGUACGUCCCGUUUGGUGGCAAACGCCUGAGCGCCCUCAAAGGUGCAAGGGCUGCCAUGAACAGAGCAGCAUCUGCUCCAUCACGUACUCUGACUCGCAGAAGCCUGAUGAGGAACCGCAUCAUUAUCGAUGCUGACCUGGUUUUCCACGGCAACAACAACAGCAGUGACAAUGCCAACUUCUCCCACCACUCAUCCUAUUCUUCCUCAAACUCGCCACCCUCCCAUCACGAACCUCAUCCGUCUCACGAACUUCAGGCAGAAGACACAGAUCGUUGGGUGGAAGAGCAGUUUAACUUGGGGCGCUAUGAAGACCAGUGCGAAGGCAUCGACGACAGACAGGUGAAGGAGACGGACAUCUUGAGUGAUGACGAUGAGUACUGUGACUCUGUCCGAUCCCUUCCAGCUGAACCGGACUCCCUAGAGGCAGGGGUGGAAGGACUGAACUUGCACAGCAAAGAGGUCAACUUGAAUAGAAAGAUGGAGUCUAAAAGUGAAAUCGACAAAAGUGUGAAAGUGGACAGAACAAAGCAGAGAGAUGAUUCAGAUUCCUUCACAUCCUGCAACCUCUCUGUCUCCCGUUGUUCAAAGCUAACUCCUUUGAAGCAGCAGUGUGCUGUGGAGGGGGCCACAAGCAAUGACCACGACGUAAUCUGGGUGCGACGGGACGACUUCACUAAAGGGUGCAACAGUGAUGUUUUUUGAUGCGAAAUUGCAGGACAGGAUGAGGAAAUGAGAAACUGAGGUGUCUUCCACUUAAUACAGUACCUUGCAAAAGAGUUUUUUCCCCUUGAGGUUUUUCACAUUUGCAUUUUAUUGGGAAUUAAUGUGAUGGAACUUAAACCUCUCCACAACCUUAUCCCUGUCCUGCCUGCUGUGUUCCUUGGUCUUCGUGAUUCUGUAUCUUCACUAAUGUUCUCCAACAAACCCCUGAGGCCUUCACUGAACUGCUGCAUUUACAUAAACUAAGAUUAAAUUCUAUUUACUAAUUAGGUGACUGAUGACUAAUGGUUGCACUAGAUUUUAACAAGAGUUAUAAGAGUAAAAGAGUCUUGAUACAAAUGUCCUACUUCUCAGUGUUGUUAAUUGAAUGGAUCAUUUUCCUUCCACUUUAUAAACUAUACUUUAUGUUGUUCCUAUCACAGGGAAUCUCAAUAAAAUACGCAUGUGUGGUUAUAACAUGUUGUUAUAACAGCGAAAAACUUUAUGGGGUAUGAAAACCUUUGCAAGGUGUAAAUCAGGAUUGCAAGAAAAUGUGGGAAUAAUCAGGUACAACCUUUAAGAAAAGGUGUAUAGUCUUCUGUGAUACUAACCAGUCCAUUCAACCCCACCCAUUCUGACAACCCUAAAAUCCUGCAACAUGCACUGCUUCGUCUUGCACCCCUCAGAUUCUCACUCAGAACCGCUUUCUGUAAAACUGGGACCGAGAGCCCUCACUGUAACCAGGCACUUCACAAACAACUGGCAUUUAUCUGAAGAUGAAACCAUUGCAUGUAUGUCAAGCAGGAAGGUGUAUGUGUCUUCAUACACUGUAAGUGUACAUCGUAUGUAGACACAGGCAGCUCCUGUCCUUUCACACAUACACUGCAUGGAAGAGACAUCCUCACUGAACUGCCUCUGACCAAAAUAUCUAUUUUUAACACAGGAAUGUGGGUGGUAUAUAUUUUUCUGACUCGAAAAGCUGCGUUUGUAUUUAACCCUAAUCCUAAACCACUCCUAACGCCAACCCCCACAAGGGCUGUGUGUUACUGAUCUUCUCUGUAGGAGAUUUUGCUAAAUGGCUGCUGUAUAAAAGAGUGAGGUCCGAAAGCUUUAUUGUGCUUUUUUAAAACUGUUUUAACUUAACAUCAGCUGCACAUCACUGUAUAGUUAGAAGUAAUAAUAAUGCUGUUCACCUGUUGUACAAAAAACGUUUUGAAACUCACUUUGUCUUCAAUCAUAUCCUUUUUAGAAAUAGCUAUGAAGAGCAAAGUUUUUCAUGUUUAUUUAAUAUUGCCUUUUUGAAAAAUUUUACUGUAACUUUUUAAUGUUUACAACACAUUUAUCUGCUCAGUGUUACAAACUACUUUGUAUUUGGUGGCAGAAACGGACAUGAUAAAGCCAUUAUCUAUGCCCGUCACAGCUUUUAUUUUGUUGCUAAAAAAAAUAUCCCUCUAUUUUGGUAGUUAAUGGGUUUUUAGCUCAUUAGUAGGCCCUACACUGUAUUCAAGAAUCCCUUCAAGCUUAAAAUCCCUAAAAUACAGCCCAACCACUCCUUCCUGGUUUCUUGAAAAUUAUUAGUCCUGAGCUGCAACUUAGCUCUCCUCCUUUAGCAGAUGCAGACAACCUCUUACAUUUAACUUAUAAAAAUCCUGUCGCUGCCUGCAUCCACUUCACAAUCCUGUGAUGCUUCUCCAUUCCACCAGGUGGUGCCAUUUCACUGUCAUCACAGAAAUGUGCUCAUUGUGAGUCUUCUGUACAGUACAAGCACUUAAUACAGAACUGUGAAGAAGGAGGCUUAGCUACUCUGGUUCGUAGAAAUAAGGAAGUGGAUGGAUUUAAGACUUCAUGUUCUUAAUCUCUUUCAAAUGUUGAUGUCUCUGAUAACAGCUCACUGGUUCAUGACAUUCAGGACGGACUUGACUGUGAGGUACAAUCACCCAGCCUAGGAGGUAAACUUUGAAAAGCCCUUUGACUCCCAUCUUUGUACUUUUGAAACUGUUUGUACUUAAAACUGUGGAGCAUUAUCAUUUUUAUGUGAAAAUAAAUAAAAAAUUCUCAGUAUA